AUGGAUUACCAAACAAAAGUAUAUGGUGGAAACUCGAAUGGUGAUCCUUCUGAAAAAAUCGUUAUAAAAAGUAAUGGCGAAGCUGAAAGCCUGCGGGGUGGUUUUUCUCCGCCGUUAUUAGGAGAAGAGAAGAGGAAAGGAUUAUCCGAGUCGAAAUUUCAGCGUGCAUUUAAAAGUCCCGUUAUGUCAGAACCAUCAGCUGCUUUAGCACAUCAUGUUGGUCACAAAUUCCACGAGGUGUUUCAACUGAAACAAGGACACUACAUGGAUCUCCCCGCUUCCAAAAUCUCGGAGAUGAUGAAAUCAAACAACUUGGAUAACGCGCCAACUCAGUCACUUCUGAGUGUUGUGAAUGGAAUUCUUGAUGAAAGUGUUGAGAGAAAGAACAGUGAAAUACCUCAUCGCGUGGCAUGCUUGUUGCGAAAGGUUGUGCAGGAGAUCGAAAGGCGUAUCUCCACUCAAGCGGAGCACUUGAGAACUCAAAACAACCUUUUCAAGGCUCGUGAAGAGAAAUACCAAUCUAGAAUUAGAGUACUUGAAGCUCUUGCAUCUGGGACUAAUGAAGAAAGUGAGAUUGUUUUGAAUCAGCUUCAGAGAAUGAAGAAUGAGAAGACCAAUAGGGAAGAAAAGAAGCAAGUUGAGGAUGAGAACUUAAGCAGGUUGAUGAAAGAGAAGGAUCAAAGCAAUCUGGAAAUUUCAGCAUUAAAGCAAGAGUUGGAAACAACCAUGAAGAGUUAUGAAAUGCGUUGCUUAGAACACGAAAAAGAUGCAAAGGAUGUUAAAUCUGUGCUUGAAGAAAGGUUACAAGAACUUGAGCUCCUCUUGGCAGAUUUAAAGAACAAGGUGCUAGAGCUAGAGUCAUAUUCUGAGACGAAAUGCCAAAGUUGGAGCAAAAAAGAGAACACCUACCAAAGCUUUAUGGAAAUUCAGUUUGGUGCAUUGCGAGAGUUGAGAUUAUCUUCGGACUCAAUCAAGCAAGAAAUUAUUAAAGCAAAAGAGAGCUAUGCUGAGGAAUUUAGUAGCUUAGGAGUCAAGCUUAAAGCAUUGUCUGACGCAGCUCAGAACUACCAUUCGCUUCUUGCCGAAAACCGGAAGAUGUUCAAUGAACUUCAGGAGUUAAGGGGAAACAUUAGAGUAUAUUGUCGGAUAAGGCCAUUCUUACCAGGAAAAAAAGAAAAAAAGACAACCGUAGAACGUAUUGAUGAAAAUGGGGAGUUGAUAAUUGCAAAUCCCUCCAAAGCAGGGAAAGAAGGUCAGCGGUUGUUCAAAUUUAACAAGGUCUUUGGUCCAUCUUCAACUCAAGCGGAGGUAUUUUCUGAUAUACAGCCAUUGAUACGGUCCGUUCUUGAUGGAUAUAAUGUGUGCAUAUUAGCUUAUGGUCAAACUGGUUCAGGGAAGACAUACACAAUGACGGGUCCCAAUGCUGCAUCCAAAGACAAUUGGGGAGUAAAUUACCGAGCGUUGAAUGAUCUAUUUGCAAUCUCUCAGAAUAGAAGAAGCUCCAUAACAUAUGAAAUUGGUGUCCAAAUGGUUGAAAUAUACAAUGAGCAAGUGAGGGAUUUGCUAUCAAGUGAUGGUUCUCAGAAAAAACUUGGGAUUUUGACCCAGUCUCAACCCAAUGGGUUAGCUAUACCUGAUGCCAGCAUGCACCCUGUGAAAUCAACCUCAGAUGUCAUAGAAUUGAUGGAUAUUGGAUUAAAGAACAGGUCUGUUGGCGCCACUGCACUUAACGAAAGAAGUAGCCGUUCGCAUAGUUGCGUCACUGUGCAUGUUCGCGGGUUGGAUUUGAAGACUGGCGCUGCUUUUCUUGGUAAUCUGCAUCUGGUAGAUCUUGCAGGAAGCGAAAGAGUAGAUCGAUCAGAAGUAACUGGUGAUAGACUCAAGGAAGCACAGCACAUAAACAAAUCACUAUCUGCUCUUGGAGAUGUCAUUUUCUCUCUAGCACAAAAGAGUCCUCACGUUCCAUACAGAAAUAGCAAGCUCACUCAAGUUCUACAAAGCUCUCUAGGUGGACAGGCAAAAGCACUAAUGUUUGUGCAGCUUAAUCCUGAUGUGAAUUCGUAUUCCGAAACUUUAAGUACUUUGAGGUUUGCUGAAAGGGUCUCUGGAGUUGAGCUGGGUGCUGCAAAGAGCAAUAAAGAGGGAAGAGAUGUUAGGGAAUUAGUGGAGCAGGUGGCUUCUCUAAAGAACACCAUUGCAAAAAAGGAUGAAGAGAUUGAGAGACUGCAAUUGCUUAAAGAUCUUAAAAACGUGUAUCCUGCAACCGAUGGCGAAAGACGUGGAUCAGGCUCGUUGUUAAGGUACGGUUCUGCAUCUUCAAGCAGAGAAUCUAUAGUAGGAUCUCCUCAGAAAAGCCAAAAGCCGUCAAGCAGCGAAGGCUUAGGACUCACUGAGAAAGCAGGUUCUGAGCACGACAACUCUGCGGAGUACAGUGAUAAGCACUAUUCCGAAGAAGCUGAUUCCCAGCAGUCAAAGGAGGAGGAUGAUGAGGACACUAAACACCAAAAUGACAUAGGUCAGAACAUUCCUACAGAUGAUCAUGAUCAUGAGAUAUUAAGAUUUGAAGAUGAUGCAGAUACUGAGGAGAGAUUAAGUGACAUUUCUGAUGGUGGUCUUUCUGUGGGAACAGAAUUAACUGAUGGCUCCGCAGAGAAUGCUAUUUUCGCGGAUGGAGGCACAAGGUCUAAUAACUCUGAUAAGCCCGGGACUGUGUCGAAAAUUUCUCGACCCUCUCGGAAACCUGAGCAAACUACGUCGAGUACUUCCUCAUUGUCAAAAGGCAUCUCCAAGGUUUCAUCAAGUAUGAAGAGAACUCCUAGUGCCAGCUCUCUUUCAGUGAAGCCUCCUAGUAAAAGAUGGCAGUAA